AUGCAAAACAAAAGGUUUUGUAUUGUAUCGCCUCGACUAGUCACAGAAUAUACUGUCAGACUCCAUCCAGAAACAGGUCUUAGCCGUCGCUCAUGUGAUGCUGUAGAUCUUAGGUUGUCUCUCGACGCAGGUCGUGUCUCUUCUCUGGAGGAAGCUAGACGUCAUGGGACGGGUGCUUAACCGGAAAGACAUAUCCAAAGCUGGUUCCUUUGACUGAAGAUCCAGGCGGGACAGCUCAGACGAGGUAUUACUACUUUGA